AUGGAGCAAGCUGCUGUUCUCAGAAAGUUCAUCCAGACCGUGAAGGAUAUGAGUCAAGGAGACGAGGAGAGGGGAGAGGACAACUUCGGCGGCGACUUCAUGCGGUUACGGCGGUUAUCGACCAAAUAUCGAACAGAAAAGAUUUACCCUACGAACGUCGGCGAGAGGGAGGAGAACGUGAAGAAAAACCGAUACAAAGACAUCCUGCCGUUCGAUCACACACGAGUGAAGCUGUCUCUGAAAACGACCAAUCAGGAUUCAGAUUACAUCAACGCCAACUUCAUCAAGGGGAUGGACGGGCCGGAGGUGUACAUCGCCACUCAGGGACCUCUGCCCAACACGGUCAUUGACUUCUGGAGGAUGAACUGGGAGUACAGCGUAGCGGUGAUUGUCAUGGCGUGUCGAGAGUUCGAGAUGGGAAGGAAAAAGUGUGAGAAGUAUUUCCCGCAGUUUGGAGAGGACCCGCUGACGUUUGGGCCUUUCCGGAUCUCCUGUGAAUCAGAACAGGCCAGAACAGACUACUUCAUCAGGAUGAUAGUUGUGGAGUAUGAGAAUGAGACUCGGAGGCUGACCCAGUUCCACUACAUGAACUGGCCCGACCACGACGUGCCCUCGUCCUUCGACUCCAUCCUGGACAUGAUCGGACUGAUGCGGGAAUACCAGGAGAGUGACGACGUUCCCAUCUGCGUGCACUGCAGUGCUGGGUGUGGGCGGACCGGAGCCAUAUGUGCCAUAGACCACACGUGGAACCUCCUGAAGGCCGGGAAAAUUCCAGAAGAUUUUAACGUAUUUCGGUUGAUCCAAGAAAUGAGGACACAAAGACACUCUGCUGUUCAGACAAAGGAGCAGUUCGAGCUCGUUCACAAAGCCAUCGCACAGCUUUUCGAGAAACAACUCCUGAUCUUGGAAGGUUCCUCCGCUCAAAUCCACGACGGAAUGGAGGAGAGCAGCCCGGACAAAGCUCAGCCGGCGUCUGAUGAAGAGCGAUGGGACACGCCGCCGCCGAAGCCGCCGCGGAUCCGGAGUGCGCAGACGGAGGGCGAUGUGAAGGAGGAGAUCCUGCAGCCUCCGGAGCCUCACCCUGUGCCUCCCAUCCUCACCCCCUCUCCCCCCUCCGCCUUCCCCACCGUCACCAACGUGCGGCAGGACAACGACCGCUACCACCCCGUACCUGUGCUACACGUCCUGGCCACGGCACACAACAACACACAGAAGCAGGAAGUGGAGAAGCAGCAGCAGAACCAAUCGGAAAGCUGCGCUAACGCUAACACCGGUCCGCCGGAGACCAAGGACCAACAUCCACCGUCGAAAACACUCAACCAGACUUUAGACUUGAACGACAACUACAACGGCAAAACCUCGUGUGCCAAGUCGGACUCGGGGGCCAGCCAGAGCCACUCCCCCUCCUCCCCCUCCACGCCCUCCUCCCCCCUCCUCUCCCCCGCCGUGGACAGCUCCGCCACGCCGCCGCCACGUAUCGAGCGCAAGUUGAGCAUCGAGAUCAAGAAGGUGCCGCUGCAGGAGGGACCGCGCAGCUUCGAGGCGUGCAGCGCGCCGGCCGCCGCCAUCGCCACGUUGACGCCCGCCACCACGCUGCAGAGGAGCCACGCGUUCAAGAGCCGCGGCGCCAACAAUCCUCUGACCUCCAGCUCGUCGCUCUCCGAGGAUUCUGGGACGGAGGGCGCGAGAGAAGAGGCACCGGUGCGGCCCAAUCACUUACUGGUGAAGAGCGCCGAGAAAGACGCGUUAGAGGUUAAAGGUCGGGCGGCGUGGAGCCAGCAGUCGGCCAGCCCAGAGAAGAACCUGUCCAAGUCUUCCUCGUCUUCAUCGGAGCGAGUUCCUCAGAGCUCCUCCUGCUCCUCCCACCUCACCUGCUCCUCCUCUUCCUCCUCUUCCUCCACUCCCGUACGGACCGCGCUCAGCUUCACCAACCCGCUGCACUCCGACAACUCCGAGGAGGAGGAGGCCGACGCCGAGAUGGUGCCACCUCGCAACAGCGUCUCCACCACCACCAUGGUUAGCUCCGCCUCCUCUGGUCACCAAGGAGACCAGCUGCCCGCCAGGAAGGCCACGCCCAUGUCCAUCGCCGGGCAACACACGCCGUCGCCUCCCGGAAGCCCUGCAAACUGUUGGGACAGCGACGACUCCCCUCCCCCCCUCCCCAAGCGGACCCCCGAGUCCUUCCUACUGGCCACAGAUCCGGAGAUCAAGAACGCCUCCGCAGAGUGGAGCAGCUCACACAAAGAUGGAUCGGUGUCGUCUCCACCCGACACUACAGACAGCAGAGCAGAGCUGGGGGGGGUUCGGUAA